AUGGACAACAGCGAGCGACAGCAGCAAGAGGAGUUCUGCUCUUUCUUGCCUGGCAGGGAGUCAGCCGGCUGGCCUACUUCGACGAGCUCUGGCAGCAAAGUCUCCUUUGACUUUCUCCGCUUUGGUGGCUUUGGCUCCGAGGCUCUUUGCUCGGGUCUCGCUUGCCAGCCUUUUGCAAAGGCGGAUCGCUUGGUCCAGUUUCUCUCCGGACUCCGGGCAGUGCUGCCGGCCGACGAUCUAGCGCCUGCAUCAGAGGAGCGCUGGGGUCUCCUUCAGAAAGCCCAUCUCUAUGAUUCAUCUCGCGUGGUGGGCCCAAGGGUUCUUAGUGCCGGCAGUGCUGAGCCUUGCCGCCCCGCCAUGUCCACUGCGCACAAGUUCGCAGUGGCCUCUUGCCUCGCCUUCUUCGCCAUGGCAAAGCAUGCGGCUUUGAUUUCUGACGACGAGUGCGAGUCUUCAGGAUCUGAAUGCUCCGCGCAGCUCUUGCAGACCCGGGCCGCCAAGGCCGACAGGGAAGCAUCGGUCAUCGGCCCUUGCGCCGAAGGCCAGGACCCCUCCAUCAUCGGGUGCCUGGUCAGCCCCGAGGAGAUAUGGUUUUGA